UUGGCAUUUUCUUUUCAUUUCUUCUGCGUUUGAGUCAAGGCUGACUACCCAUUUCUAUCGUUUGCAUCUUUGUCACCCUUCUCCGCCAAACUACACGAUACCUUCUUUCUAUUUAUUCAUCCCUUAUUGAGCAGGCCUCGACAGCAUACUGCAUUGCUCUCUUUUGGCGUAUCAUAUUCCCAUUUUUUGAAACCCCGAAGACUGGCUAUCUCUUCGGGAUAUACAAGAAACUACCCACGGGAAUAGAAUACAUAACAUUACCACAUAAUUCACUCGUGACGAUGCUGGCAAUCGUCAUCCUAAUCGCCCUGCUGAAUUUCGCAGAGGCAGCCUACUUAAAAACACCACGGACCGCCAGCCCUCCGAGUCCAAGUCUAUCUUUAUCUUCAACUACAACAUUAGUAGCGAUACCAACUGCUACAAUCGCAUCUAGUGGAAUAUCUCCAAGACCGUUUCUUAAGUCAAAUUCUACUGUGCCCCAGGUAGCAGGCACAGGCGUUACCAAGGCCGAAACGCGGAGUACUGCUUUACCGUUGGAUGCGCCUACAUCUGUGAUACAUGGGAGUGCGAACAACCCCGAGAUCACACCAUCACCUGAGCUUAAUCCUCCGGGAGGAAACUUCCAUGAGAUUGGAGAUUCUCCUAUCAAAUAUGUUCAGACGACGUAUUGGAGCUGUGUAGAGUUCCCGUUAGAAACACACUGUGGUUGGCACGAGCCGAUAUUAGAUGCUGGUGCUGGUGGGGUUCGGUGUGAUAGUGGCGGUAGGGCGGCUUUGCGCGCAGGUGUCGUGGCUGGAGUCGUUGCUGGUGGAUUGGCGCUUGGGUUGUGAUACCUGAGUUCGGCGGGCUUCGCGCGCUGGUACGUUUUGGUUCGGAGAUACCUUGGACGCGUGAUAUGACUUAUGAAUUCGCUUGCUGUUGGGAUAUGAGAUACCUUGGGAUAUAAAAGGCGUUUUGGAGUUAGCAGAUAGGGCUAUGUGUGAGCAAGGAAUAUCGUUAGCAUAUACUUAUUUCUGCAUAGCACUGCGAGACAGUCAGUUCAGUCAGUACAAACAACAAGAUAUCCAAUAAUA